AUGGAGCCACCAUCGAAGAAGAUGCGCAAACUGCUGGAUGAUGAUUCCUCUGACUCUGGAGAUGAGGCGGGCGGAGUCCUCGUUGGCAAGCAGUCGAUUGAUUCCUCGUUCAAGGUCAAUGAGGACUAUGCCCGUCGAUUCGAGCACAACAAGAAGAGAGAAGAAGUGCAGAAACUGGAGUCAAAGUAUGGCAAGACAUCUAGCCUGGGAAGGCGCCGAGCCGAGGAUGAGGCCUCAGACUCCGACGACUCUUCUUCUGAGGAAGAGGACGAUGACGCGGAGCUGGCUACGGAAGCCGUUGACGCGGAGAUUAUGGCCACUCUAAAUGCCAUUCGCUCCAAGGACCCUCGGGUAUACGACCAGAAUGCCACGUUCUACACCCAGUUCGAUCCUGAAGACGCCAACGCCGGAACUGGGAAGAAAGAAAAAUCGAUGACGCUGCACGACUAUCAUCGCGAGAAUCUUCUUAGCGGUGCCAAUCCCGCCGAUGAGGAAGAUGCGCCGAAAACCUUUGCGCAGGAGCAAGCCGACCUUAAGCAGGCCCUGAUCAAGCAGAUGCACGCGGACGAAGAGUCGGGAGAUGAGGACAUGGAGGAUGCAGAAGACAAUUUUCUGGUGCGCAAAUCGGCACCUGAGAAGCUUCCAGCGCCCAAGCGCGAGGUCAAUCUGGACGUCAAAAAUGCGGACAAAGACCCUGAGACUUUCCUGUCCAACUUCAUGUCAUCGCGAGCGUGGGUCCCCGCUGGGCGACCCGAGCUGCAUCCAUUCGAUUCGGAUGACGAUGAGGAAGUGGACAGAGCCGAGCAGUUUGAAGAAGCGUACAACUUCCGUUUCGAAGAUCCCAGCAAGCUCAAUGAGAAACUACUCACCCAUUCCCGUGAUGCCACCAACAAGCAAUCUGUUCGCAGGGAGGAGAAGAGCUCGAGAAAGAAGGUUCGUGAUGCGGAGCGCCAGCAGAAAGAAGCAGAGAAAAAGCAGCGUGAUGCAGAAAAGAACCGCCUUCGCAAGCUCAAGAUGGAGGAACUGCAGAACAAGGUCAAGCAGAUCAAGGCUGUUGCCGGUCUGCGGGCAUCGGAGUUUACGGAUGACGACUGGGCUCGUUUCUUGGACGACGCAUGGGAUGAUAAGAAGUGGGAAUCCGAGAUGCAGAAGCGGUUUGGGGAAGAAUACUACGCUGAGGACGAUGGUGAGAGUGACACCGAGGGAAAAAAGAAGAAGCAUCCUAAGAAACCGACAUGGGACGAUGAUAUCGAUAUCAAAGAUCUGAUCCCCGACUUUGAGGAAGAAGAACCCAGACCUACUCUAGACUCGUCCGACGAAGGAGAGGAUGGUGAGCCGUCCGCGAAGAAGAGCAAGGCCCAGGAGAGGCGCGACCAGAAACGGGAAGCCCGCAAAGAUCGUAUGCGGGUCGAAGAGGCGGUGGACCGCAAUCUGGACCUCGACAUCACCUUGCUCCCCGGAGCUACCAAGAAGAAUGCCACUCGGUUCCGCUACCGCGAAACCUCGCCCCAGAGUUUUGGCCUGACUGCGCGGGACAUUCUGAUGGCAGACGACACCCAGCUCAACCAGUUUGCGGGUUUGAAGAAACUUGCUGCCUUCCGAGAUGAGGAGCAGAAGGCACGCGACCAGAGGAAGCUGGGGAAGAAAGCUCGACUGCGUCAAUGGCGCAAGGACACCUUUGGUAACGAGGAGGGGCCGACCUUCAAGUUUGGCGGCGAUGCUCCGGGACCGUCGGCUGAGCAAGGCGAUGAUGAGGAGGCCAAGGUGGAUAUCCGGGAGGGUGAUGGGCGGCGGAAGAAGAGGAAGCGGUCGAAGAAGUAG